CUUGGACGAAUCAAUUCAUUUCCAUCAUGGCAGGUAGUAAGUUGGUACUUGAGGGUAGAGUAAGUCUUAGGUGCUUUAUUCUAGGUCUCAGCGUUGUCACAAUACCCUUAAUAAGAUCCUGCUUUGGUCACCUCGACUGGGUUUUUGACUAUUUAACGGAAACUCCCGGAAAAAUUGCAAUUUGUUUGCAUGUUGCUCUUAUGAACGGCCUCCUGUUAAUAACAUGUAGGGGACCGCUAUACAAGGUUGCUGUAAGAGCUUGUCUUUUGGGCGUCAUCUUUGGUUGUGGUCUAAUCAUAAGCUUCACCGAAAUCACUUUGACGCAUUUUGGCUGGUAUAUGUGCUCCUUGGCAUUCUUCCAUUACACCGAGUACUUGGUGACUGCCAUCAUUAACCCUCGCAGCUUGUCACUAGACUCCUUCCUGCUGAACCAUAGUUUAGAGUAUUCUUUAGCUGCUGUCUCCUCAUGGCUGGAAUUCGCCGUGGAAGCGCUCAUAUUCCCAGAGCUGAAGCAGCUCAGGUGGUUGAGUUUCCUCGGUCUACUAAUGGUGAUGUGUGGCGAGGCCCUCCGCAAGACAGCCAUGUUGACAGCAGGAUCCAACUUUAACCACAUUGUCCAGAAUGAAAAGGCUUAUAGUCACGUGCUGGUUACCAGCGGAGUUUACGCUUUCUUCAGACACCCCUCCUAUGUGGGCUGGUUUUACUGGAGCAUCGGAACACAGGUGGUGCUGUGCAACCCAGUAUGCACAUUGGGCUACACAAUAGCCAGCUGGAGGUUUUUUCGGGAGCGGGUUGAGGAGGAGGAGAUUUCCCUUAUCAAUUUCUUUGCUGAGGAAUAUGUGGAAUACAAGAAAAGGGUGCCCACGGGCCUACCCUUCAUCUCAGGCAUUCGUGUCAACUAGCAGGAACACAACUCUAGUGGUGACUUGACUGGAAAAAGCAGGCCCGACGGUGGUUUCUGCGUGCUUGCAAAGAAUUCUGCGGGCUGACCCGCUAGCUAGCACAGUGCUGCAAGCAAAUGGACAGAUUUUACUCGACCAAACUCUACAAUCAACGUACAGAGACCAAAACCUUUAAGUUAAAGGGGCAAGAAAUCAUCAAUUAGCAACUUGUCGAUUGUCAAAUGACUCGAUUAGUCGUUCAGAGACCUUAUUUAACUUCUCCAAAUCUGCUGAAUUUCAGCCUCUCAAUAAUACUAAAUAUUCCAAGAUUUGUCUAGUCCUCCAUUAAAGCAGUUUUAUCGGUUUAUUUCAAAGAUAGUUGCUGCUUUUACUUUGAAAGACACAUUUGCCCAGUCUCUUUAACGUUACAUAUUCAAUAUUUUUUUUUCCCCAUUCGUGUAUAAAUUUAAAAAAAAAAAAAUGCCAGUUUUCAUCAAA